AUGGAAGACAUUGAAAAUACCUACUGCCGAUUUUGCGCAGAGCCCAAAAGAGCAGAUAAAGUCUUAAAUUUACAAGAUGACGGCGAUAAAUGCGAAGAAAUAUUAUUGAAACUUGCAUUCGUUAAUGCUUUGUAUGUCAAUGUUAAUGGUGAUAGUAUGUUGCCGAAAACAGUUUGUUUUGUAUGCUACGAUUCUUUAAAUAAAGCUUAUGAGUUUCUCGACAGAGUGAAAAGGUCACAGGAGGUGUUGUUUAGUCUGUUUUCGUUAAACGAAGCGAAUAAAUGUAAUUUCACUGAAGAUGGUAGGACUAGUGGAUUAGAUGAUUAUAUCGCUCAUGAUACUGUUGACUAUCGCUCACAGAGUGUCGAAGAUCGAACUGAGGUGAAACAGGAGCCUUCUAACAGAAAGUUUAAUGACUCUAUGAACAUUAGUGAAUCUGUUUAUCCUGUCGAUAUUAAAAGAGAACCAAAAGAAGAGGUACCUGACAAUUUGCUUGAAACUUUAAGUAAAGAGUGUAGUCCUCUCGAAGAUUAUUCAGAAAACUUAGAUGUACAUGAUAUUAUAGAAGCUGCUAUUUCAAAUGUGCCUUCAAACAUUAUGCUGUUUGCUAAAGAGAUCUCGGAAGUGAAGAAAAGAAAUGUGAAAACUUGGAAAGACUAUCCUUGGGUUUGUGCAUUUUGUAACAUUGAGUUUUUGGAUGUGGACACAUUGAGAUCUCAUUCCAAAGCUGUACAUGGGAAGUGUUCAGCAUUUGUUUGUAUUGACUGUAAGAAUGUAAAGAAGAAUAGUUUCACAUCAUUUUUGAAACAUGUAAGAAAACAUAGGAAGUGUCUAAGAAAUUACUGUUACUACUGUCAUGAGCCUAUUGACAAGGCAGAAUCCCUGAGUGUCCAUGUAAAGCAGCAUUACCUGAAACCACUGACACCUUGCCCACUAUGUGGUGAAAUAUUGAAAAAUGAAGAAAGUCUAAAUUUCCAUCUACAGGAAUAUAAUAUGACUAAAUGUAAACGGAGACCGAGAAGGAAACCAGGUACACCAAUCACAAUUGAGGAGCUAACAUGUCCUCUAUGUAAGAAGGUUUAUAAGAAUCCAAACAGUUUGAGGGACCAUAUGAAAUUGCAUACUGUAGACAGGAAAAGGAAUUACACAUGCGAUAGAUGCGGUAAAAUGUUUUAUAACAAAGGCACAUUGACAUCACACAUUAUGUCGCAUGACAAGAUACGACCUCAUGUAUGUAGGAUAUGUAACAAGUCAUUCUUAUUUCCGAAUAUGUUAAGGAGACAUGUAGAAAUGCAUUCAGGUAUUAAGCCGUUUUCCUGUGAACAAUGCGGGCGUUGUUUCCGUCUGCAAUACCAGUUGAAUGCUCACAAAAUAGUCCAUACUGAUUCAAUGCCUUACAUAUGCCAGUAUUGUAACAAAGCAUUUCGCUUUAAGCAAAUACUGAAGAACCAUGAACGACAACAUACUGGUGCUAAACCGUAUUCCUGCAGCCAUUGCGGGAUGGAGUUUACAAAUUGGUCUAACUAUAACAAGCAUAUGAAGAGACGGCAUGGAAUGGACACAUCUAAAAAGAAAAUCACCCCUGAAGGUGUGUUCCCUAUAAAUCCUGAAACGGGACAGAUAGUGAGAGUAGAAGAUCCGAUUGGUACAGAAGAAUGGAAAAAUAAAAUAAUGACACCUGCUAAAAGAGGCAAAAAGAAAGUUAUAAAGCAAGAAAAUCUUGCCACUUAA